AAAACCACUGUCGUUUCGUUUCCACAGUAACCCAGAUCACGAUGGUGGUCCCCAGAACCAGAGGCGGAUCAGACGACGGCGCCAAGAAUGGAACCGCAGCGGUCUCCGACUACGAGAAAAUCAGAGAGCAGAGGAUCAAAGAGAACCGGGCGAGAAUGCAGAACAUGGGCAUUUUCGACCUUUCGCGCCAGAUCCACUCCUUCAAACCUAACCCUCCCAAACGCCCUCGCCGGACUAAUCCUCCUUCUGAUCAGCCCAAAGCCCAAUUCCCCACACGGCGCUCUUCUAGGUUGCAGAAUGUGGCUCCUGUAAACUAUGAUCAAACCGUAAGGAAGGUCUCACAUGAACCAAAAGCAAGAAGAGUGAGGAGGGACCGUUCUGAAAAUGUGGGAAAUCCCAAUAGGAAGAGAAGGUUCUCUGACUCUGAUUCUGAAACUGAUGACUCAUCAUCAGACUCAGGCUCAGACUUGGAGUUGGACUCUGACUCUGACUCUGAGGUGAAAGUUCGCGUACGAAUUGCGAGUUCUGGGUCUCCACCGAGGCGCUCUUCUAGGUUGAGAGAUGUGGCUCCGGUGAGUUAUGUGGAAACUACUCCCAAAAAGGAGAGGGAGCCCUCAGACUCAGAGAGUGCCGAGGGAGAGUCCUUGGUGGAUGACUGUGGAAAAGAUGAUGGGGUGAAGGAUGAAACUUGUCACCAAUGCAGUAUUCCUGUAAAAGGUUUCCCUGAGCACCAGGGAAAGCAACUUCAAUUCUGA